AUGGCCUGCCUUAGCUCUUUGUUGGAAUAUGGAACAGCCAAAGUUAUUGUGAUUAGGAGCAGAGUAGUGGGAUCUGUCUUUAGAUUAAUUCAGUUUCUUAUCAUCUUAUAUGUGAUUGGUUACGUCUGUGUGGUGCAAAAGUCGUACCAGGUGAAUGAUUCAGUUAUUAGUACUGUCACCACCAAGGUGAAGGGCACUGGUUUCACCAACAUUUCUGGUUUGGGUGCCCAUGUGUGGGACGUGGCUGACUACAACAUCCCCCCUGAGGGUGAGAGUUCCUUUUUUGUCUUGACCAACAUGAUUAUCACCCCCAAUCAAAUGCAAUCAUCCUGCCCAGAGCUCCCAGACCAGUCCACCAUUUGCAUGUCAGACUGUGACUGCACGGAGGGAUCAAGUGAUGUGCGUGGUAACGGUAUCCAGACAGGACUAUGUGUCAACUAUUCAGAGACAGUGAAGACCUGUGAGGUGCUUUCUUGGUGUCCUCUAGAAAUAGACACUGACCUACCAGAAAAUCCUCUACUGGCUGGAGCAGAGAACUUCACUGUGUUAAUCAAAAACACUGUGACAUACCCAAAAUUCAACUUUCACAAAAGAAAUAUUUUGCCAGAUGUUAACUCCUCAUAUCUGAAGCAGUGUGAAUUCAACCGCAUAACUGAUCCGCAUUGUCCCAUAUUCCGCCUCAAAGACAUGGUCGCUGAAGCUGAGGAGGACUUUCAGACCAUGGCUACAAGGGGAGGUGUUCUUGGGAUUCUAAUUGACUGGAGCUGUGACCUGGACUUCCCAGAACAUUACUGUGGUCCUAAGUACUCUUUCCGCAGAAUGGACAACAAGAACCCUGAGAACAACGUGGCCCCUGGAUACAAUUUUAGGUUUGCAAAGUAUUAUAAAACCACUGAUGAUGUGGAAACAAGAACCUUGAUCAAAGCAUAUGGGAUCCGAUUUGAUGUCAUUGUUUUUGGAACGGCAGGUAAAUUCAACAUUGUUCCAACUAUAGUGAAUGUGGGUGCAGCGCUUAAAAUCCUUAGCUUGGCUAAUGCCAUUUGCGACUGGUUUCUUCUGACAUGCACGAAGAGAAACAAGCUCUACCACAAACAGAAAUUUGAUUACCUGGAUGAGACUAAUGUGAAUGAUGGGGAAUCUACUGAAGAAACCACUUUUGGAACCCAGUAGAUCCUGCAUAUAGAAGUGGUCUCUUCACAUUGUGGGAGAAUGUUGAACCCAUCCUCUUUGUCUACUUCUCUACCUCCAUCUCCAGCCCCUUCCUUUAAACAUCAUGCAUGUA